GUCUAUGAUGGAUCAUGUUCUUUGUGCUUUUUGCAGGGUGACCUUUUCUUCAGAGGGUUUUGUUUUGUGAAACUUUCACCCUCCUCUUUUUGAAUAAAAAGUUUCUGUUGACACAAAAGCCUCUUCUUUUUUUCUCUUUUUUUCUUUAACUCUGAAUCUCAAUCUCAUUUGUUUCCUUAUAUAUAUAUAUAUAUACACACAUAGAAGUUGGUGAGUGGUGAAGAACUUCACACUUUGCAAGUUUGCAUCACAAAAACAUCAUCAUAGUAGUAACAUCAAACAAAACUACAAAAGAUUAAUGAGUGGUGCUGGGAACAUGUCUGAUAAUAAGGAUCCGGGUAUCAUGCUCUUUGGCAUGAAGAUUCCUUUGCCGGAGUUUCAGAUUCCAGCCAGCUCUCAAAUGGGUUGUCAAAUUCAGGCAAACUUUGCAGCCAUGAGUUCUUGCAGCAGCCUGAAGAAGAAAGAAGUAGAAACUCAGUCUGCUCAAAACUCUGAGCAAGAAAAGAAUACUUGCGGAUCAAGCUACAGCAAACAAGAAUCCAAGAACACUGAGGAAGGAAAUGAGGAGAGUAGUAACACAGAUCAAGAAAGAAGUUUCAAGAAGCCAGAAAAGAUUCUUCAGUGUCCACGCUGCAACAGUUUGGAGACAAAGUUUUGUUAUUUCAACAACUACAACGUCAAUCAACCGCGGCACUUCUGCAAGAACUGUCAAAGAUAUUGGACUGCUGGUGGUACGAUGAGGAAUGUUCCGGUGGGAGCCGGAAGGCGGAAGAAUAAGCACCUGGCCUCUCAAUUCCAGCACAUAAUAGUAUCCGAGGGAACUCCGGCCGCAAGGUUAGAACCAAAAGAAGAUUCAUCUGGUAACAAUGGUUCUGUGUUGAAAUUUGGUCCAGAUGUUCCUCUCUGUGAAUCCAUGGAGUCAAUGCUUAGUCUUCGAGAUCAGAAGGCAAAUGUUGAUGCAGCAAGCUCAUCGAAUUCUUAUUUUCAAAAUGAAUCGUUAGAACGAAAGUGUUACCCUGUUCCUCCAUGGAUAUUUUCUUGGAAUCCAGGUUGGAAUAAUGGUGGUUCUCCGGUGCCUUUGACUUUUCCGGCAACAAUGAGGGGAGUUCCAACCAUUUCGCCACCGAAUAUUCCGUUGCAAUUUGUUCCUGGAAGUUUCUGGAACAGAGCACAAGUGUGGCCUUUACAAACCGCCGCAGUUUCAAUAGGAUCCAACGGUUGUCUUUCACCCUCUUCCUCUACUACAAGUAACAGUUGCUGCUCCGGCAAUGGCUCUCCGACGCUCGGAAAACACACCAGAGAUGGUAAUGUCUUCAUGGACGACGAGAAAUCGGAGAUAUGUGUUUUGGUUCCAAAGACACUUAGAAUUGAUGGCCCAAAUGAGGCUUCAAGAAAGCACUUGUAUGAAUCAGAAAAUGGUGUUUCUAAAAAGGUGGAACAAAAAGGACAAGACAAAGAGCGUGUAUUAGGUGUGUCUCAAAUCUUGGAAGCUAACCCUGCAGCAAUUUCUCGUGUUCAUGCAUUUCAAGAGAGCACACAAUGAGUUUCAGCUUUCAUUCGGCUGCGUUCGAAACAAAAAACAGGAUAAAACAAGACACUGAGAUAGAGACAAAAGACAAGCACAAGCAAAUUCACGCUAUGAGAAACAGAAUAAGACACUGAGAUAGAGACAAAAGACAAAAGACAAGAUACAAGUGAAUUUACUGGUGUCUUGUCUUUUGUCUCUAUCUCAGUAUUACCAAACAUCUAGGAAUAUUUCCGAGUUUGUUGUGGCUUUGAGACACUAAUAGUAAGAAACCUCACAUAACAAACUUAGCAUAUUCUUGGAUUUUGGUUCUCAUGGAGAAAAAGUGUUUUGCGGCUAGCAUAUAUAUGAAGAAUCUUCUAUAAUUUUUUAAUUAUGUCCUGAAAAUGAUUCUUGAAGUUGAAACAAUAAAACAAUGAUCCUGCAUCACUAAUCAUUUAAGAUAGUGUGUAAAUUGAAAGUUUAGUGAUUAUUAUUGUAUUUAAGCCUAUAUCAUGCAAAAUUACGCAGCACUAUAUAAUUUUUUAUAACGAU